AUGAGAAUAGUGCUGCUAGAUGCAAGCGCGCAUAUUUGCCGGCUCUGGAAGGCAGAAGUGGCACGACUGAAAAACGAGGUGGCUGAUGCGAUGCGCUGGGGCGACGACAAACUGGAGGUUUCUAUUUUCAACGGGGAUCUGGAGACCCUUGAGCUUCGCACCGACAAGGAAACCGUCUUUUUCUCGCCGGGCAACUCCUUUGGUGGAAUGGCCGGCGGCUACGACAGGGCGUUGGCGCACCUGUUUUCCGACGCUGGUGACUGGAAAACGACCGACCAGUACGUCAAGAACUGGAUUCUCGAAAACAGUCACGGGUACUCGGCUCCAGGGACUGCGCGACUGAUCCGCUUCAGCAGGCCAGACUCGCCAGCCUGGCGAAAGUACAGGGCCAGCGCGAUUCUGCACGUCCCUACAAUGAGAACUCCAGAGUUUCUCGGGUUUUCAGAUGAACAGACAAUACGUUCCGUUUUUGACUGGACCUGGCAGAUGGCUCGUGUGCCGGACGAUGGUGGCGGCGAUCGCCAUGUUUGGCAACCGAAUGGGCAAAGAAGUGCUGUCCUACCUGGACAGCCCGUACCAAAGAAGCAAAAUUGA